CUAUAUAUCAAGCAUUAGUGGCCACUCUAAACCAAAGGAAAUGUUUCUUUAAAACCAGACACAUUUUUUCGCCACGGCAACAAGCAAAGAAGCGAAACUCGACAUUACAGAAGAUUCAGAAAAUUCGUCAAAGGAAACAGACGAACUAAUACCAAGCGAUAAAUGAAAACAGUAUUGUUUGUUGAUCACAACAAAUUUGUCGACUCAGCCAAAAGUAGAUUAUAGAAAACUUAAUUACUCGAAAAUUGAUUGAUCAAUAGAUGAGAUGAGACAUAUGAUAUGAGAUAGAUGAGACAAUGAGAUUUGAAAUAGUUUUAAUUGGGUAUGAUACUCACUCACUUUUACCUAUAUAUCGAACAAUGAAAAGGGCUAUUUUAACAACAACAUCCAAUGGAAGAGAGGAAGAAAGUUUUGCAAUGAUGCAAUUCAUACGUUUCAUGGGAAUACUGUUAUGGAAACGUGCUACUGCAAUAAUUAUUGUAACAUUAGUUGUUAAAUCUUCAGCAGCUAAUAUGACGACCGAAAACAUGCAACCAGAAACCGUGUUCGUACGUCGGUUUAGUUUCACAGAUCUACAACCGAGCAAAAACCAACCGUUUGGUAACAGAACAUUCAACUUCAAAAACUUAUUUAGAAUAAAUAUGAUGCCUAUGGGUUCAGAUUUUGACCAAUACGAACAGAAUAAACAACGCAUUAAAAUAAAUGAUAAUUUGCUUCAGCUAAUAAGUACGUUUAGAGCAGACGAGAAUAGCGAAUCAUUAGGAGUGAAUUCUAAUUCUCGGGCAAUCAGAUCUUCUGUUCCGUUUAGUCAAAGUCAAGAAUGUUCUGCAGCUAAAGAUGAAGUAACUGAACUGGAAAAUAUGGUAGAUAUUGUUUUGUCAAAAGUGCCAUCAGGAGAUAGUAAUUGUACACUAAAUGCUGUUAAUGCGGACAAUUGUGGUAACCUAUUAACUUUAAUAAUGUGCGGCGUUACUCAUUUAGAAAACUUAUUUAAUCAAUCGGUUCAAAAUAAUAUUUCAACAGAAGAAUACAUUCAGUUAAACAAUGCUUAUAAUUAUUUAUCUGUACAAAUUCAAAAAGUUAAUGAUCAAUUGGAAUCACAAUUUUCAGAAGAAAAUCGCCAAAAGUUAAGAAGGUUAAAUACAGAGUUUCACAAAUUAAGCACAGCCUCUUAAUAAUACUAGUACUCAAUUUCGAAAAAAUAUGAAAAAUAUGUGCAUUAUUGAAAUAGCUAGCGGGGAGACUGAAACAGCUGUAAGUAAAUUUAAACUAUUAAACGAAUUUGGAAAUGUUAAUCUAUUGCAUAAUAUUAUAGAUAUAGCAUAUGCUAAGCAUGGGCAGCUAAAUAAUUUUGAUAAUAUAAUACAUUUCAUAGCACAGUUACCUUGGUUUUCAGAUAAGGUCAUAAGCUAUGAGGUACUGUAUAACAUGAUGGAGAAACAUACUUCUAAAAUCUUCGUUUUUCUCACACAAAUUGAAAAAAUGCUAAAUAACUCAUAUAUGAUUGAUGAGGAACCAGCAUUUGUUCCCAGAUUAAGUGGUUUAAAGAGUAAGGCGAAGGUAUCCGUUAAUAAUGUGCUUGAUUUAUGGACAUGGAAGAUUCGCAACAAUGACUAUCAAAGUAUAAUAGACUUCGCAAAGUUGCCUCAAGUAUGUAUUGUUAGUAGCUAUUUACCUCAGAUUGUGAAAAGUGUGUACACAAAUGACAUAAGUAAUUUUAACAUCGUAUUUAAUUUUGUACGUAAACUUCCAUUGCUACAGCAUCGCUGUGCAGCGUAUAAAACCCUCCUAGAUGAAAUGGUUAAAAAUAAACAGAUCUACAAUUCUGAAAUAAUUCGGUUUGCUUACGAAGUUACAAAAGCGAUGUCAAGUGCUGAUGCUAAUGUAUCUAAACCGCUCAUUAGCCAGCUUCAAAAAUUAAAAAGUAGUUUUCCAGCUUAUGUAUGGCAGUUCAUGCAUGAAAAUCAAACAUGUACUAUACAAAGUUCUACUUAUUUUGAAUUUAUGUCCUUUGCAAAUCCAGAGUUUCAUAAAAGUUUAGAUUCAGAUCGAUUUGUGUUCACAAUGUGUGAGGGAUGGCCUCAUAUCGAGGGAUUUUGGAAAUUUAUACCUGUAGAUGAUGCGGUUUAUUUUAAUAUCAUAAGUGACUAUUACCAUCCGACUAUGUAUUAUUUAAGCCUAAAAUAUAAGAGUAACAACGUCUAUGUAUCCGAUAUAAAUAUGGGCGAAAAAUGGCAAAUUGAGCCUAUUAAUGUAGAUGGUUUUGAAAGGUUUAGAAUAAAAAACACUAGAAAAGAGUAUGUAUAUGAUGUAAGUGACCAAAAUAAAUAUGAUCGCUGCAGUCGAAACAUAUCUGUUUGGCAGAAUUCAAACGAUGGACCAGGAGCCAACAGUAACUGGAAAAUAACCUGCAAUGUAAAUGUGAACAGCAAAUUUGUUGAUUGGAAAAGAAAUGUCUGUAAUGUAUUUAUAAAUAUUGCCCGUGGUGUCAACUAACAGCUUGUUAAAAACGCUAUUCUACUAAUUAAUAAUUGAUAAACAUUCAGUAACAGAUUGAUUUGAGAGAACCUAUUCAUAUGUAUUGUUGUAAGAGGAAUGUCAUCUACAAUAAAUAUAUUCAAGUACUCAUUCGAAUUGGUUCGUUUACCAGUCCAUCACUUUACUUGCCUGUUUACUUGCAGAAAGUAUUCAAAACUUAUUCGAAUAGAAAAAUGAUAUAUCAAACAAAACGGGAAUGACCGUGAAACCAUACAGGGUGUUUCUUAAUAUAAUGCUAAGAAAUUUAAGAUUUUAACUUUGAAAUAACUUUAGAAUCAGUUGUGAAUCAUAAGCAGUACGCAAUUUCUGCUGUACUUAUUCUUAAGUUCUUCUAGGGUUUGUCUUGAAUAGGGUCGUUGCACAUUUUCUUUAUUUGGCAAAAUUGAUUAAUGACGAACAAAUAAAGCUUAUGCAAAUGUCAAAAAUGUCAUUUUGUCCUUAUUUGCCGCCUAGCCACAACGAAUUUGUCAGCAAUCAAAGUUUAAACGCACACAACGCGCACCGAAAGACGUCUCCGCUCCACCCCGUUCGACGCUUAUCCGUGAUGUGCUCUUAUGUGAAUUUCCACUUUCGCUUUGCUUGCUUCCCAAUUAUUGAAAAUAAAAUGGUUUAGCAAUACUCUGUGGUGCCACAGUCUCAAGUUAAAGACAUUUUUCAACAUCCAUAAUUAUCCUACUCUACAAGAAAGUUCACACGACACUUCUUCCGAAUUACAGACCAAUUUGUUUGUUUUCACACAUCUAUGAAUUAUUCACGAGAAUCAUCGUUAACAGAAUCAGUAACAAACUCGAUUAUCGAUUAUUAUCGAUUGUAGAUUAUCAAAUUGUAGAACAGGUAGCAUUUAGAAAGGGCUUUAGCACAUGCCAUCAUCUCUUGACUUUCAAAAUUCGAAAUGGGACAAUGACAGAAUACAACAUGCCAUUAUACACGGCCUUUAUAGAUUACGAGGAGACCUUCGAUUCCAUGGAACAUUGGGUAAUUCUAAGCGAGCUAGAGCUAGCCCGUGUCGACCAUAGAUACACAAACACACUGGAAAAGAUUAUCGACUGAGCACCCGGAAAAAAUGAUUACAGAUCUGAACCAGAAUUCAAGGGAAAUAGGCCGCCUGAAAGAUAGAAAAUUGUCUGAACAUUCCACGAAAAGUACCCUUUCCUAUUAGGGAACCGCUCAGCGUCUUCUCGUCCAGGAAACUGGAUUUUCACAUGCGUGCAGUCAAUCGCACCAAUGACCAGUGGAAAUCUGGCAACUCUAUAAAAAUUUUCUUUUACUAUUUGUCUGGUGACAAUAUUUUCGGAAAAUCUUAUAUUCGGACGCAACCGAGCAAUAGCCUCUGAAACUUGUCUCACAAUUGAACAGGCAAAUGUUUUGCUUACUCCUACAAAUCUCCAACUGAUAUGAGCAUAUUUCCAGUGGCAUAAAAUCUUAAAGUGAGCAAUAAUUUAGUUGCUGGUGAAGUAGCUCGAUUUCGUUCCGUCUGACAUUUGAGAUCAUUCAGAUUCAUUCGAAG